UAUCUCAUUUUUACUAUAUGAUUAUUAGUUAUUCUAUAAGUACGUUUAACUUUACUGUGAAGUAAAAUAAAUAGUAAUAUUAUACUUUUUUUUGUUUAUAAAAUACAAUAAUGGUUUUAACAGUUUCAUUAGUGCACAUAUUCCAGCAGCCAUUUCAAACAAUUAAAACUUACUACAAUCAAAUCAGACAAAAAGACGAUGUUGUUAAAAUUUCAGAAUUAAUUGAUGCGCACAUCGAUGAACAUGGAUUUGAAUAUACUAAACAUAGGCUAGUGUGUCAUAAUGUUAUUCCUCAAGUGUUAAGGCGCGACCAAAUACUACAUAUUCCAGAAAUACUUAUUGAAGAAGAAUGUUGGUAUGAUGAAAAAGGUCAAAAAUUUUGGGCAAGAACGAGAAAUUUGAGUUGGUCAGAAAUAGCCACAUUAUCUAAUAUAAUAACAUUAUCAAUUACGCCAAAUCCAACUUGGACUAAGUACGAAAUUGAUGGCAUAACAGAUUUCUUUGGAACACAACCUCAUGGGAUUGGCUAUGCAGUAGAGUAUUUUUUGAAAAAAUAUACCGAAAAAAAGUUGUUGGAACAUAUUAAAAUAAUUGACCAGGAAUGUUUGAAAAAUAAUGAUAUAUUAAUGUAGGAUCACUAGGAUCUUAUAUUAUUUAUUUUGAAUUUAUAUUUUUAAACAAAUAAUUGUAUAGCGCAGAAGAUCUGAUCUGUAUUCUGUAUUAAAUGCAUUUUUGAAGAACAGAAAUAUACACCUAAUAAAUUGUCAAUGAUCCAUAGUAAAAAAUAUAUAAUCAUUUUUAAUUUGAAUUAAAGUUAUAUUAGAU